UGACCUUUAAAAGCUGUUGACUUUACAUUUCAAACAUGCAAAUGUCAGAUUCAACAUUUUAGGUUUCCGAUCAUAAUGAAGCUUUUAAGUUCUGUCUUAUUCUUUUUGGUGUUCGGUGUGAGUGAAGUGGCUGCCUUAAGACAGUGUCGCACUCACCUCAGAUGGCCCAAUGUGAACGUGAGUCUGAACAGCUUUCUGGGCAAGUGGUACCAGGUGGUUCGCACUCCAAUCAAGAGAGAGAGGUUGCAGAGGUGUGGACUGUUGGAUUUCUCAGCUGUUCAAACUCCAAGUGGCGAGCAAGUCCAGUUUUCACAGGCUUCGUAUCAUUUAUUCUUUGGCGACAAUGAGCAGUUCGGUUUCAUCUCCAAGGGCGAAUACGGGGGACAAACGUUCCACUUGUACUUCGCAGACCAGAAACGGUACGAGCCCUACGAGGUCAGGGUGCUCGACUACCAGAAAGACGGCUACAUUGUCUUGUACUCGUGUCACAUGACCAAGUCGGGACUGAAGCGUAAGCCGGAAUCGGUUGUGUGGAUUCUGGCUAAGAACCCUAUUUUGGAUCCCUGGACUAUGGAUAAGAUUGAGAGCACUAUACUUCAAUGGACUGGCAUUAAAGGACAAAGUCUGAUCAAACCGUGGACUUCCAGAUGUAACAUCAAUCGAGACUUCGUCUGGACGCUGGAGGGCGAACCAAAAAGAGGUCUCCAUGCGAAGAAAAACAAAGCGCAUCAACCCAAAUCUCAGCACAACAAUUGAUUCUGCUGACCUACAGCCACGUGAACAACUCAAAUUGGAGUGCCGAUUUUUAAU